UAAUUCUAAGAUUCUUUUCGUCGACUUCAAUUAAAAUUAAAUAUAACAUAAAUUUAAAAUAUCUUAAACCGACUUAUUAUUUUAAAACUUACUUUUUCCUAGGAAUAUUAUAUGAACUUGUUUUGUGUGCCUAAUUAUAUCAAGUGAUGAUAAGAAACCGGAGUAGCGGGAGUUCAAACAAUUUAAAACUAUGGGGAAAAUGCAAGAACUUCGAAACUUUGAAACAAGCUCACGCUUAUAUGAUCAUUAAUGGUUUUAAUUCUGAUCGUUCUGCGCUCAGAGAGAUUAUUUAUGUUUCUGCUGUUGCUUUGAGGAGUACAAUACACUAUGCACACCAACUGUUUGUUAGAAUUACUGAGCCAGAUCAGUAUAUGUGGAACACUAUGAUGAGGGGGUCAGCUCAAAGCCCUAACCCUUUUUUGGCUGUUUCGCUGUAUACCCAGAUGGAAAAAGAAGGUGUUCGUGCUGAUAAUUAUACGUUUCCUUUCGUGCUUAAGGCGUGUGCUAAGCUUUGUUGGGUUAAUGUGGGGUGUGGGGUUCAUGGGAAGAUUGUGAAGCAUGGUUUUGAGUGGAAUAAGUUUUCGAGGAAUACACUUAUUUAUUUUCAUGCCAAUUGUGGGGAUAUAGGGGUUGCGAAGAGGAUUUUUGAUGAGUCGGUUGAGAGGGAUGUUGUUUCUUGGUCGGCUUUGACAGCGGGGUAUGCGAGGAGAGGGGAUUUGGGUGUGGCGAGGAAGCUUUUUGAGGAAAUGCCAGUUAAGGAUUUGGUUUCUUGGAAUGUUAUGAUUACUGGCUAUGUGAAGAGAGGUGAGAUGGGAAGUGCGAGGGAAUUAUUUGAUGAGGUGCCUAAACGGGAUGUUGUUACUUGGAAUGCUAUGAUUGCGGGAUAUGUUGUACAUGGAUUGCAUAAGAAAGCGUUUGAGAUGUUUGAUGAGAUGAUAGGUUGUGGAGAGUUGCCUGAUGAUGUUACCAUGUUGAGUCUUAUAAGUUCGUGUGCCAUCACAGGUGCAUUAGAUGUUGGAGAGAAGAUACAUUGCUCAAUAUUAGAUAGGUGUAAGGGAGAUAUGAGCAUUGUAACUGGGAAUGCACUUAUAGACAUGUAUGCAAAGUGUGGGAAUAUUGAAAAGGCGACUUCAGUGUUCCGAGGCAUGAAGGAUAAGCUUGUGUCAACAUGGAACUCAGUAAUUGUAGGAUUAGCAUUUCAUGGUCAUUCUGAGGAAUCUAUUGGCUUUUUUAAAGAGAUGCUAAGAUUGAAUUGGAGACCUAAUGAAAUCACUUUUAUCGGGGUCUUAAUUGCUUGCAGUCAUGCUGGGAAAGUUGGAGAUGGACGCAGAUUUUUUAAACUUAUGCAAGGUGUGUAUAAUAUUGAACCUAACAUAAAACACUACGGGUGUAUGGUAGAUAUGCUUGGCCGAGCUGGCCUACUGGAUGAAGCAUUUGGGUUUAUCGAUUCAAUGGACAUUGAACCGAAUGGCAUUAUUUGGAGAACUCUGCUUGGAGCCUGCAGAGUUCAUAACAAUGUUGAACUAGCUAAACGUGCUAAUGACCGUUUACUGAAAUUGAGACAGGACGAGAGUGGUGACUAUGUAUUACUUUCAAACGUAUAUGCUUCACGAGGUGAGUGGGAUGGAGCUGAGAGGGUCAGGAAAUUGAUGGAUGAUAGUGGUGUAUGGAAAGCGCCUGCCUUUAGCUCGACUGACGGUGACAACAGAGCCCUUAUGCAUUUCUUACUAGACUCAGAAUCUCAUAAAGAUUCACAGAAACACACUCUUUGAUAUGCCAUGAUGUCAGCAAGUCUGAGUCGUUUCUCUUCUCAACCUUGCUUGGUUAAUUGCUUGAGAAUACUACAUGGUUAUGAAAUACAUGGCAGUACUUCUAUGUUGCAGUAUGAGAAGUUAUUGCUCAGUAACAGACA